UCAGCCCCCAUCCCGUCACCUAUCCGGCGGAGGGGGCGGGACAGGCCAGGGCAAAGGCGGGCCGCCCGUCCAGGGGAGGCAGGCAGAAAGGGGCGGGCUGGCCCGUGCCGCUCGCCCGACCUACCCGUCCGAUAUAUACCAGGUUAUGAGUUCACUGUAGCAUAUGCGACCGGGGGAUUCAUUCUACACAGUUUGCUCCAUUCCCCAGCACUGUGUCUGAUCACUGCAGUGAUAACAAUAAGCUGAACAUGGUUUCAAACUGGGACAAAGCACCGAACAAACCAACCAUGGAAAUACAGUGGUCACGUUGCGGAUGAAAGAGACUGUGAAAUGGCACCAGCAGAGCCCUGUCACUGUCAGGCAAAAGUGUGUUGAUGUACGAGACACUUACCCUGAAACACUUAUCCUUUCAACUUGUAAUCUCCUCUGCAGCCGGCAGCCUAGACAGCCCAACAAGAAACCGCCCUGAUGCCGAAAAAAGUGCAAAUCGUUGUGGAGGAGGAAGAGGACAGUGAAGACAGUUCAAGCCAGGAUGAAUCAGAGGAGGAAGAAAAGCUGCCCCGGAGAGAGAGCAUGAGAACAAGGAGAAAGCGGACCAGGGAUGUGUAUGAUGACCAUGAGCCAGAGCCUGAACCGGAGGAUGAAGCUACAAGGCUAGAAAGGCAAAAAGAGAGGCGGAGGAAGAGGAGGAAAGGAGCAGAUGACGAUGAGGAAAUGGAUGAAGAGGAACUGAACAAACUGAAGGCCGAGCUAGAUGAAAAGAAGCAGUUAAUUGCCACAGUAAAAUGUAAACCAUGGAAGAUGCAAAAGAAACUAGAUGUCCUGAAGGAAGCCAAAGCAUUUGUGGAAGAAUUUGAAGGGCAGCUUGGGAAAGGCAAAGGAAAACGGUGGUUUGCAUUCAAGAUGAUGAUGGCCAAAAAAUGGGUAAAAUUUCUGCGAGAUUUUGAGAAUUUUAAGGCAGCCUGCAUACCGUGGGAAAGUAAAAUCAAGACAAUUGAAAGUACAUUUGGCUCCUCAGUUGCCUCCUAUUUCCUGUUCUUGAGAUGGAUGUAUGGAGUAAACAUGGUUAUGUUUGUUCUGACACUUGGCCUUAUCAUGAUACCGGAGGCAACAAUGGGUAAACCAUAUGGAAGUUUACCUAGAAAGACCGUACCAAGGGCAGAAGAGCCAACAGCCAUGAACUUUGGCGUUCUGUAUGACUUCAGUGGCAUGGCACAAUAUUCGGUUCUCUUUUAUGGAUAUUACAGCAAUCAGCGAACGAUUGGAUGGCUGAAGUUCAGACUGCCACUUUCCUACUUUCUUGUAGGAAUAGCUUGCAUAGGAUACAGCUUCCUUGUUGUCAUCAGAUCGAUGGCAAAGAACAUUGAUGACGAUGGAGGUGGCGAUGACUCCACUUUUAACUUCAGCUGGAAAAUGUUCACAAGUUGGGAUUUCCUGAUUGGGAAUCCUGAAACAGCAGAUAACAAGUUUUCCUCCAUCACAAUGAAUUUUAAGGAAGCUAUUCUGGAGGAGCAAGAGAGCCGGAAAGAAGAAAACGUUCAUUUGAUCCGAUUCCUGAGGGUUCUCGCUAACUUCUUCGUGUUUUGCACACUUGCCGGCAGCGGAUACCUCAUCUUUUGGGUUGUGAAGCGAUCCCAGGAGUUUGCGCUGCAAGACCCAGACACACUUGGGUGGUGGGAAAAGAAUGAAGUGAACAUGGUCAUGUCACUGUUGGGAAUGUUUUGCCCAAUGUUAUUUGAUCUCUUCAGUGCUCUAGAAAACUACCACCCUAGAAUAGCACUGAAAUGGCAGCUGGGGCGCAUCUUUGCUCUUUUUCUGGGCAACUUAUACGUCUUCAUUAUCGCCCUGAUGGAUGAGAUCAAUGGCAAGCUCGAAGAGGAGCGACUGGUAAGGGAAAACAUGACUAUAUGGGAAGCUAAUAUCAUCAAAGCCUACAACGCCUCAUUGGCUGAAAACAGCACUGCCCCUCCUUUCCAAGUGCAUCCUUCUGACGUUCCGAGGGGACCCUGCUGGGAAACAAUGGUGGGCCAGGAAUUUGUGCGACUGACUGUUUCUGACACUCUGACAACCUUUGUCACCAUUCUCAUUGGUGACUUCCUGAGAGCCUGCUUUGUCAGGUUUUUCAAUUACUGCUGGUGUUGGGACCUAGAAUAUGGAUUUCCCUCCUAUACUGAAUUUGAUAUCAGUGGCAAUGUCCUGGGACUGAUCUUCAACCAAGGCAUGAUCUGGAUGGGAUCUUUUUAUGCUCCCGGCCUCCCAGCUAUCAACAUAUUACGUCUCCAUACCUCCAUGUAUUUCCAGGGCUGGGCUGUGAUGUGUUGCAAUGUUCCUGAGGCAAGAGUCUUUAAAGCCUCCAGAUCAAAUAAUUUCUACCUGGCCAUGCUACUCUUCAUCCUCUUCCUAUCCACGAUGCCUGUGCUGUACAUGAUUGUCUCCAUUCCGCCAUCUUUCGACUGCGGCCCAUUCAGUGGCAAAAACAGGAUGUUUGAGGUCAUUGGAGAAACUCUGGAGAAAGAUUUCCCCUCUUGGUUGGCGAAAAUCUUAAGCAAGGCCUCAAACCCCGGACUCAUCAUUGCCAUCAUACUGCUUAUGGUUUUGACAAUCUAUUAUCUCAAUGCUACUGCCAAGGGACAGAAGUUAUCCAACCUGGAGCUAAAGAAGAAGAUGAAAAUGCAAGCAGAGGAGAACAAACUGAGAAACAAAAAAAUGGCAGCUGCAAGAGCAAAAGCAGCACAAGGUGGAGGAGACUCAUAGACCUCAUUAUGGGUCAUCUUGGAGCCCAAGAAACACUUCAGGCUCUGCUCAUUAGGAAUGAUUAGUUGUCUGGAUAUCUGGUGGACACUAUGAGAAAAUCUGUUUUUGUCUUGGCUUUCCUGAACCUUUCGACUGCCUCACAGACCAGCUUUUGGCCCACCCAAACUGUGAUCCGCAAAAAUUACACUAGGCCAUUGGCUUUUCAGCAGUGAUUGGCUCCUCUAAUUCACCCUCUUCUGCCCGCUGUAGCCUCUUUACCUGCUUGCCUGAAAUCCUGGAACUAACCAUCUUUUGCCUGAACCAUAGGGUUCAAUGGAAGGGACGAUGGAACAAUGCAAAAUCAUUGAUUUGCAUUGAAAUUUAGUUGAAACAUGUGACUGGGUGAAACUCCUGCAUUUGAUUUUUUUUCUUUCCUCAGAAGUUGCUCUCUGGGAUAGGUGGGAUUGGGAACAUUGCUAUUUUUUUUCAGGCCUUACUAAUUGAUAACCAAUUCAUUCACUGGCUCACUGGCCCUAAAAACAAUAGAGCUUAAUUGUAGAGUCUUUCUGGUAGAAAUUGAUAAAAUCGAGAACACUUGAUCAGUCAUGAUGCAUAAGGCACAGAUUAUAAUGGAAAAAAAAGGAAAGGUAUAAAGCAAGUCCAAGAUGCUAAUAGUAACUAAACCCACAGUUUGUUCAUUUUAAUGUGUUCAGGAAGAAAUGAUGCUGUCUACUGUGUCAAUGUAAUU